UCCACUCGCCUCCUCCUCCUUCUCCGUCAACUAGAGCCAUGGCUCUCUGAUUCACUACUCCAAAACAACCCUCUCGCCCCUGGCAUAAUGACCGCACCAGCGCCUGCGCGGCCCUCGGGCAGCGUCCAAGCCCAAUCAGGCUUGAACGACAGCGCGCCGGCACCACAACAGCAGUCGCAGCAGCCCGGUGCACCGGCAGCUCUUCACCAGCGGCCGCAGCCCGUCGCCUCGUCGUCGCGCAAUCCGCAGCUCGGACCAGACCCCUACUUUGCGUACCCGACCCCGACGCCAGACCAGAUCGAGGACGAGCUCCCGCCCUACUGGGAGACGGAAAACAUCCCCCUCGGACCCAUGCUCGACCGCCUCUCUCGCAGGGGAGACCGCGACCUCCGGACACUGGUGAUGAAGACGCUGCCGCCACUGCAACCUCGGCAAAAACCAAAGCAUAUUAUCGAGUAUGCCAAAACGACCAGACAGGCAGUGCUCAAGUACCUCGCCGUGCUACGAUGGAAGACGUCGGUCGACUUGGUCACUGCUGCUGCGGCAUCGGGGCUGCCAGUAGGCCCUACGCCGUCGUUUCCGACCCCACACUCGAAUGGAGAGUCGAACAAUACGAGCCCGGCGACACAUCCGCUCAAGCCAAAGGCGCGAGUGGCAGACGAUUCCGUUGCCCAAGGCAAAGUGACAGACGCCAGGCGCAUCCAGCAGUUCCUGGAGCACCAGAACUCUCAGCAUGAGGUCGCAAUCGAGCACAUCCGUCACGUCACAAAGCUGGUCGAGACGUUGCGAGAACGGAACGCGGAUCUCCUGACGGCAUUGUCCCUCCAGUCCACUGGCACCUACACGCGACUGCCGACAGCCUUGACAGAUUCCUUCGUUCCUCAACCUCCCUUGAACCCGCCAGCGGUUCUCGACACUGUGGAACGGCUCAACGAGCACCUGUUAUACCGACUACGCUGCGUCGACUAUAUUCCACCAGAGCUCGUGGUUGAGAAGGUGGCGGAUGGUCGUGUUCACGUCCGCGGUGGUGGAAACCAGGGAUGGCGCGCUCAGCUCAGUGUCGUCGGCUUUGAAGACGACAGUCGAUGGUGGCUCACUGGAUUGGAAUGGGCUUGGGGCAGCGAAGGCUCGCGCUCGUCUUUCUCUGCGGAAGAGCGACAGCAGAUUCUGGACCUCGCAAAUAUCGAGGUCUUGGCACCACGACCAGUCCUAGAAACGAAUGCUGCGUCAGAGGACACUGCGUUUGUUGAUUCGCCCCUUGUCCGCGUGUACAACUUGCUACAACACCUGUCACUGGCAUACCAGCUUGAAGUCCUCUUCUCCCAGGCCAUGGUUUUGAGUCAAGGUCGAUGGAGGGGCCAGCUCCUUGUCGACACUGAUCGGGCGAAGAAGGAGCUGCGAGUGCGGUAUUGGACGCCGAAGCGGCAACCACAACCUCAACCGGCCCAUGGGGCCGCUGGCAAGCGAACGCAGCCACCAUCAAGCUUGGGCACAUCGCGGACGCCUGCCCCUGUUGGAGGCACGUUAACCUUCUCCCUCACCGAGUCGUCCACCCCCAUCAGCGAGGCUGAAAAGAUCCUGCGGGAGACAGCCGCUUGUGGUGUCCAGCCCACUGAGCGUGCAGUGAACCUUGAGAUCAAGGUGCAAUGGGAGGUUGGAGAGGCUGGUGUCGGUGGUACCUUGACUGUUGGGGACUCGAUGGACCCAUCGAUUUUGAGCAUCAAUCCCAGCAAUCUCAGCAUGAAGGAGAUCUUGACAACAGCGACAAGGGCACAUGCCAAGCAUCUAUCCGAGGUGACAACAGCACCGCUCCUCGGCGUUCACCGUCUGACGCUCAACCCUCAAAAUCCCCCGCGGAUUGUCGAGUCCGAUUCCCCGACGCGCCCCCUCGCCCUCGUCGUUCCCCUGUCUGCACAGCAUGGCAACGCGCACUUCACAGUCGCCGUGUCGGCCACCACCGGCCUCAUCGAGAUUGAAGACACGAGCACCAAGGACAACGGUCAGGUGCUGGAGAACAACCGGAGCCUGCGGGCAAAACUCGCAACUGCGUCUGUCAAUGAUCACAAGACGAGGUUGGCAGAUGACCUUCACCGACUGUUAUCCGCUGUCAUUAUGGAGGACGUGGAGGACAACCUUCGACAGCUGGGUCUGUAUCCUGUGCGCCGUGUGGCAUUGAGAACACACGAUCUCGCCAAGACCGAUUUGCACCCGACGUCGACCGUGUUCGUGCCACUACCCGUCUCACAGUCGCAUUACUUUGUGUCCAAAGUAACGCAAGACGGGAUUGCGUACGAGCUUCUCAAGCUUCUUCGCGUCCCGAUGGACAACGGAGGUGGCCUCAAGAUGUCUGUUGGUGACCGGAUACCGAUCGAGCUGUCGAAGCUCAUCGAACGACGCAAGGCAAAGAGCCAGAAGAGGUCAUUGGAUGAGGACGGAACGGUCAACAUUCCCGACGAAUUCGACCCCGAGGACGCCUCGUGCCGUUUCCGAGUCGAUUCCAAGGACCUGCGAGACAUGUUCUACUACUGCAAUGCGUUGGUAGCGCAAACGAUGGUGGAGCAACAGCUCAAGGAUCGUGGAAUCCCGUACACCACCCACUUCCCCGAGGACACCGACUUCCCCGCCCCUCGCAGCCGCUCUGCCCUGGCAGGUAUGGUGCCAAACCUCUGCGUCAAUGCGAGCGACUUGUUCAAGGACGGCCGAACGGCAGAAGUGGCUGCCCCCAAGGUCUUCCUCGUUAUCAACGACUGGUGGAAGGGAGCCAAGUGCUCUGUGGAGACCAUUGUCCGCCUUCGCCACCGUCCGUCAGUCAACGACACGUCCCCUGCAAACGUUGCCCCAGCGUCAUCCACUGCGGCGCGAGCCGAAGGAAUCAGAUUUGACCAGGCGACGUCGACUGUGCGCUUCCGGGCUCCCAACGUCUCGCGAUGCGUCCCCGACUUCCUGGAACAGUGGGAGAGGCUCAGCAAGGUCAUCAUCGUCGCUGGCGAUGUCAACCGCCUCAACAAGACGGAGAAGUUCCGCGAUAUCCGCAUGCUCUCCUUUGACCUGUGCACCGCCACCCUCCAGUAUGCUCCAGGCUACCAGGUCGCCAUCACGUACACGCCCACAUCGGACUCGUACGAGGCGUCAUUCUUCCGCUCGUCUUUCAUCAGCUCCACACCUGCGGCUCCAUCCGCUACACCAGCUGUGGAUGGAGAGCCCAGUCCUCAUCAGUUGAUCGCGCCGUUACUGUCUCAUCACCUCAACGAGUUGACGGCACAGUCGCCGCAGGCUACAGACGCUCUGGGUAGCAGCGGGCAGCAAUUCAUCCAACUGCUCCGCGCAACGCUACCACUCUUGCUCGAGGUCGAGUCGCUCCGAGUGGCUACAGCGACCGAGUACCCCGUGCUCGUCGUCCGCUCCGUCACCCAAUACCGUCUCGUGUGGGAUCACGAGGGAACGACGCGGUAUGCCCUCGAUGCCACUCUCACCGCGGACUCGUCGCGCUUCCUCAUCACAGAUGCCUCUCAGCAGAGGCCCGGUAUCCCUCUGGACCUCACAUGCGGUCCGUUGAGCGCCAUCCCCAACCUCGAGCGCGCGGUUGCGAAGGGCUUCCAGGCCGCGCGUGUCGCCAAGGUGCACACCCCUGGCUCGCUUGCCUUCGGUACGCCUGCAGCUGCAAUGACGCCAGGAGCAGUGGCAGCCACUCCGGGCAAGACGCCGGGCCGCACGCCAGCUGCACUUGCUCCCACCCGAACGAUCGCGCCUGUUAUGCCUCCGGUUCUGAGACUGGACAAUGGAACGUCGAUACUGUGCAACGUCACAGUUGUACAAGAUGUGCUGAGAGCCAUGGCCGGUGAGAUUGAGACGGCGAUAGCGUCUGGCUUGAAGUAGAGAAACACAGGUCGUAUAGGCUCUGUAUGUAUCCAUGUACCCAUCG